AUGAAAUUUAGAGGGCCAUUCCAGCAUCUCCUGCGGCUGUCGUUGAAAGUAGAGAUAACCGUCCCAGCGACGAGUGGUGUUCUCGAUCCAGACAAGCUUCUUCUCGGGAAUGGGGAUGGCGUCAAAGAUGGCCUGGACGUCAUCCGGCCUGGUCUGCAGGUCGUUUCGGACCUGAUAGAUGAAUGUCGGGAUCGUCACGCUUCUGGCUGCAGGGAUGGGAGAGUACUGGUCGAGGUGGAGGCUUGUGCGCCAGAAGACCAUAUCGUCCAAGUCCUUGAUGUAGCUGGCAGGGAUUCCACGGUUGGCCAGGUCCACGCGGGUUGA